CGCUCAGGACAAGAAUGGCAGCAUCAUCUGCACGGAGAACAAACGGGCCCUGCAAAACGUUGGCUUUUGCAUUACUUCUCAUCGGCUCACUCUUAAAUGGAGUCAUGGCACAGGAGGAGGAAGUUGUCGAGGAGGAUGCGCCAGUUCUGGAAGCAGAGGGAUACAUACGAGGAGACAUGAUUCCCAUGACAACUACAGCUCCUGAGUCAGAUGAUCCACAAGUCAUAGUUUUCCCUACUAUGGGACCUCUAGAAAUUACCGAGCAGGCUACAGCAGCACCAACUACAGAAGAUGCAGGAGAUGCAGGAGAGGCGGAGGGCAGCCUCGCAACUACACAAGAGACAGCUGACAAGGCAACAGAGUUCACACCUGAUGCACAUACUGACACACCCAAAAUCAUGGAAGCAGAGACCCAUCCACCCCAGCCCUCUAGAGGCGACGGUGCAAUCAACAAACCUAAGCCGGUGCCACAGGAUGAUGUCGUCUGUGUUAGCAAAGCGGUGGUCCAGGAUAAAAACGCUGUCAAUCUGAAACUCAAGGCCUCCUCCACCUGUGAAGACACAAAAGCGAAGAUUAUAAGUGUUCUGCAGGAGCUGUGUGGUGAAGACUGUAAACUACAAAUCUACCAGGAAGACAACACAAACCAAAUCCUUGUAUCUGGGCCGUAUGUUGAAAGUGAUGUUGCAGGCAUGGCCAACAAGUUCAACAAUGACAACAUCAAAGACAAGACUGAUGUUGAGGAGGCUGUCCCACGUUGGGGGAAGAACUCUAAGUUGGUGCUGGUUGCCCUGCUGCUGACAGGUCUAUUGCUGGCUGCGCUGCUGGUAGCAGGGUACUACCUCAAGACCCACCGCAAGAACUCCAAAGGAGUCAGACUGGCCGAGUCUUUCCAGGUGGAUGAGGAGAACCAGGCCAACACCCUGGUGUCUGUGGCCCCCCUGCCCCAGGAACCCGCUGACAAGCCCACUGUUAAUGGAGAGUCUCCACCAGAAAACGGGACCAACCCCACCCCCACCACUAAUGGACACUCUGCCACCCAGAACCCGGUGGCUGACACAGAGAUGUGA